AUGGCGUCCUUUGAAUCGUGGCAGUCGCCCCUCUCGGCGAGAUACGCCUCCAAGGAGAUGUCCGGGCUGUUCUCCAACGCAACCCGCUUCUCCACCUGGCGCCAGCUCUGGCUCAACCUCGCCAUCGCCGAGCGCGAGCUCGGCCUCGACAUUCCCGAGGAGGCCAUCGAGCAGAUGAAGGCCAACCUCACCCUCGACGAGCGCCAGAUGGCACUCGCUGCCGAGGAGGAGAAGCGCAGGAGGCACGAUGUCAUGGCCCACGUCCACACAUUCGGUGUCGUCGCUCCCGCAGCCGCCGGAGUCAUCCACCUCGGUGCCACCUCUUGCUACGUCACCGACAACGCUGAUCUCAUCUUCUUGCGCAACGGUCUCGACCUGCUGCUUCCCAAGCUGGCGCUCGUCAUCGAGCGAUUGUCCGCUUUCGCCGAAAAGCACAAGGCUUUGCCCACCCUCGGUUUCACCCACAUGCAGCCUGCCCAGCUCACCACCGUCGGCAAGCGAGCCACACUCUGGAUCCAGGAGCUUCUCUGGGACUUGCGAAACAUCCAACGUGCACGUGACGAUCUCGGAUUCCGUGGUGUCAAGGGAACCACCGGUACGCAAGCUUCUUUCCUCGCCCUCUUCGACGGCGACCACGACAAGGUUGAAGCUCUUGACGAGCGUGUUACCGAGCUCUUCGGUUUCCCCUACGCCAUGCCCGUCACCGGUCAGACUUACUCGCGCAAGGUCGACGUCGACGUUCUCAACAGCCUCUCCUCCUUCUCCACCUCUGCUCUCAAGAUGGCCACCGACAUCCGACUCCUCUGCCACCUCAAGGAGGUCGAAGAGCCCUUCGAGAAGGAUCAGAUCGGAUCCUCGGCUAUGGCCUACAAACGCAACCCGAUGCGAUCCGAGCGAGUCUGUGGUCUUGCACGAUGGCUCGGCAACGCGGUCAACUCUGCACGCGAGACGGCCGGCUCCCAGUGGAUGGAGCGUACGCUCGACGACUCUGCCAACCGUCGCCUCUCCAUCCCCGAAGCCUUCCUCACCGCCGAUGUCAUCCUCACCAUCCUCCAAAACAUCUCCGAAGGUCUCGUCGUCUACCCCGCCAUCAUCGCACGUCGAAUCCAGAGCGAAUUGCCAUUCAUGGCUACCGAGAACGUCAUCAUGGCCAUGGUUCGUGCCGGUGGAGACCGACAGGAAUGCCACGAACGCAUCCGUGUCCUGUCACAUCAAGCGGCAGCCCAGGUGAAAGAGCAUGGUCUGGAAAACGAUCUCAUCGCUAGGAUCAAAGGUGACGACUACUUUGCUCCCAUCUUGGGUCAGAUGGAUCAGCUGUUGGAUCCAAAGAGCUUCACGGGUAGAGCGGAGCAGCAGGUGGAUAGCUUUUUGGCAAAAUGGGUCAAGCCCGCCAUCGAGCCCUACCAGAAGGCCAUUCAGGGUGCUGGAAAGGCAGAACUGUCUGUGUAA